AUGUCUCUGUCGGAACAACAACUAUACGCCAUCUCAGUAACCGAACGGGUUUGCUCGGCCGUCUCUCUAACCGGCACCACCGUCAUUGUCGUCUCCUUCCUUAGCUCGAGUGCUUUUCGCAAGCCCAUCAACCGCCUGGUGUUUUAUGCUUCUUGGGGCAAUCUGAUGACCAAUAUCGCAACCGUCAUUUCUCAAUCAGGCAUUCACAUGGGGCUCGGUAGUCCCCUAUGUCAGUUCCAAGCCUUCCUGAUCCAAUGGUUCAUGCCCGCCGAUGCCCUAUGGACUUUCGCCAUGGCCUGUAAUGUUUACUUAACGUUCUUUUACAAAUACAACUCCGAGCAACUGCGACGGCUAGAGUGGAAAUAUCUCCUCUUCUGCUACGGACUACCUCUCAUCCCCUCUGUCGCGUACUUCUUCAUCAAGACCAAGGCCCGGGGCAAGGUCUACGGCUAUGCGGUGCUCUGGUGUUGGGUUUCGCAGACCUGGGACUGGCUACGGAUCGCGGCCUUCUACGGCCCAGUCUGGUUCUUUAUUGUUUUGACGUUGGCGAUCUACAUCCGCACUGGUGGUGUCAUCUGGGAACGACGACGCCAGCUGCGGCAGCUUGACAACCUCGACUCGGCAGAUUCCUAUCCCAGGUAUGAAGGCGAGCCGACCGCAGAACAUUAUGAGGGUUUUGAGAUGCGCGAUACCGAACGCCCCCUCGAGUCUACCUACACUAGGGCAACAACGGAAAUCCGCGUAACGAGUGAAAUUACACGCUCCCAACAAGGGAAUAAUCACCCAACUGUCGAAGAACUGUGUAACCCUGUAUCCCCAUUCUACAACCCGUACUCUGUCACCAUCGAGGGCGGCUUCGUGAGCAGACACUCCAGCGGCCUCCCGUUGAAAGCAAUGAAACAUUCUCAUUCGGAGUCAUGGUCCCGCCGCCGCGCAAUGUCCGACACAAGUACGGCGGCUUGGGCGUAUACAAAGUACGCGAUGCUCUUCUUCAUUGCCUUAAUUGUCACCUGGGUUCGUAAUUACUAUGGUCAACUCUAG